UCUUCAAGUCGUCAUCACUCUUCAGAAACUGCUUUUUGUUGUAAAAAAAGCAGCAUCUCCUGAAGGAACGUCGGACAACCUCAGAAAUCCGGAGCUGAGACCCGACGGCAUCAGCACAAACCAGCAGCUCGACCCUGUUAACUGAGGAAUUUAAGCCACACCCUUGUCCAGAGAUGAAAAGCAUCUCCGUUGGUGUUGCCCUCACUGCCGCCUGGAUGCUUCUCACUGCACCGCAUGCCUGCGGCUGGAUCGCCCCACAGCCCAACCAAAAUGUCUGGGUGACUUUAGCAAAGACGCUAAAACAAGAUAAUCUGUGUUUAUCCAUGGGCAACCUUGAUAACCCACUUUCCACCUGUCUAGUAGGAAUUCCUUUGGUAGCAGAUGAUUGGCCAGUUUAUAACUCAGAACUCCUUCGCACCACAGGUAAGAGACCCAAUCCAGUGGACAAUUGGGAUGAGUGGACAAAAAUGCUGCCAAAUGCGCAGGAGGAGCCCCAAGAAUUGGAUUUGCUGGGGUCCUCCAGGGCAACAUUUUGUGUCAAAUUUUACUUUAGACGCCCAAGACAAAAUUUUGCCGAUUUGGAUUUGACAAAAAACACAUACCGAAAAGAUAUCUCCCCCAUUAACAAAGCUUACAAUUCCCCGGAUUGGUGCAAUUACACUGCCCACACACUUUCAGAAUCCUCUCUCCAUCCCAAAACCUUGCCCCGAGGAAUGUUUCUUAUCUGUGGUGAUCGAGUUUGGGCCGGAAUUCCCUCCCGCCUUCAGGGAGGACCCUGUAGCCUUGGCAGACUUUCUACCCUCACCCCAAACAUCACUUUGUUGCACAAUUGGAGAAAAGAUAGUGAAUCAAAACGCGAAAAAAGAUCCUACACUGAAUAUGAUGAAAGUUGCGACCCUAAAUUGUACAAUUGGAACAAACCCAAAAGAGUUGCUGUCUCCCUGUUUCUACCCUGGGUAGCAGCAGCAAAAGCCCUUGGCGAAAUUGAUCAUUUGGGGUGCUGGCUUAGUAAGCAGGCCAAUGCUACAUCUGCUGCCCUGAGUGACCUCUUGAAAGACGAAGAAACCACAAGACAUGCCUCUCUGCAAAACCGUGCUGCAAUCGAUUUCCUGCUGCUCGCCCAUGGACAUGGCUGCCAAGACUUUGAAGGGAUGUGCUGCUUCAACCUCUCAUCCCGCUCCACAUCCAUCCACGCCAACAUCCAGAAGCUGCACGAACUCGUAAAGGACGUGAAAAAGGAAACCACCCCCGACUGGGUCCAUGAUCUUUUUGGUCAAUGGGGACUGACGGGAUGGGCUGCAUCUUUGGUCAAAGGAAUUUUGUGGAUUUUGAUUGUAGUUGUUGUUGUGUUAGUUAUGUUUGCAUGCUUUGCUCAAUGCUUCAAGAAAGUUACAAAAAGCGUCUUUUUAGUAAAUACAGAGAGAGGAAUUGUGGAAGAUACAAUUUCUCCAAAGCCAUCUUCCUCUGGCCCUUGGAAUUUGCUGUAAUAGAUAAGAUAUCCUAGAUACCAAGGCUGAGCCAGAUGCCUUAGGAAUUUGGUCACUCUCCUAACACUUCGGAAGAUAAUUGG